GUAGAUGCGGACCGGCCGGUCAUUCGGCGGCGGAGCAUGGGGAAUUGAAUUAUUGUUAUUUACUACGUAUUCAUAUUACUGGGGGUAGAAUUGGAGACGGAGAGGCUGCGGUGGCUCUCGCCAGCGAUUUGCUCUCUCGAUUAGGUCUUCUCUUCUUCGACGAAGGAAUCUCAAGGAUACCAUAUUCGUUCAUCUGAUCUUCUCUUUUAUACUUGGAAUCUCUUGGGUCAUCUCUCUGUGAACUAUUUGCCGGAAACCAUGGUCGGCCCAAGGGUUUCGAAUGUAGUCACGGAGACAACGACUAGAUUUUGCUGAGAUGAAGACAGUGACUGCAAGGUAAGUUGGUUAUUUACACCGCUUCAAUUUCAAUUUCUUUUUAAUUUUGCAUCCUAAAUGAUAUCUUAGACUGUUUUGAUCUUUCUUCCAUCCAAACAUUCAUGGAUUCGGAUCUUGGGCAUGAUAAUUUUAUAUUAUGAUAUUAUUGUUGGAAAAUGUUAAUUUGAAUAUUGAAAUUAUCCUAACAGACAUCGGGUUUUUCCCUUAACAAACAUUGGGUGGAUCGUUCCCUGUAGCUUUUUAUACUCUCUUAGGGGAUUUAGUUAACUCCUCUACCCUUCUACCUUUCUUUAUUAAAAAAAGAAUGCUUUUAAAAAUGUACCCUAAAACACUAUUAUCUAUCUGAAAUCCACAAUUCAAAAAAUGACAUAAAAGACUUAAAAAAUGAUUAUUUCUACUCACUACACAUUAUGCCUUAGAGUAUUCAUAUAGAUUGGUCACCAAGUAUACAUUCACAAAAUAGAAAAUAAAGUAGGGUUAUUUCAUUGUGAGGGUGACACGUGGAAGGUGAGAUGGAGGUGACAUGGCAUUGAGGUGGAUUUAGUGUUUACAAGAGCGUUUCACAUUCGGCCUUGAAAAUCAGACGCCACCCAAAUACGCCGUUUCAUAUGCUUUAACCGGCGCCUGUUCCCCUAUGCGACCGGAGAAGUUCAAGAAACCGGCCCGUCAAGCAUUGAUUCCGGUGAGCAGCUUCCGGAACCCAUCCGUCAACCCUCAGAAUUAGCCAAACCCAUUGUACACGAAUGAGCCAGUACGAAGAAGAAACAUUCCGGAUUGAAUUUUGGACGCAUUUUGACAAGUUUGCGCCCGUUCACCAGGCGCAUCUAUCGAGCAACUCCGCCUAACCCAUCAGGUUUUGGAAGUGAGAAAUGGAUUCUACGAGAACUCAUGCUGUAGCUUUGGAUUUUGCUUUUAUAUGCCCUUCAUUAAUGAAAGUUCAUAAUUUAUGCUACUGCACUCUGGUAUAUAAAUAAAAAGAAAAAAAAUGCAGUGGGAACACAUCCCAGUGGGCAUGUUUGCAGCCAUGACAGUGUUAGAACAUCUAUUGCCCAGUGUGCCAGGGUUUGUGGGUUUUGAAAAACAAAAGAACAAAUGGAACUAGGAAGCCUGAUCCAUCCAUAGCCAACAAAGGCCAUCUCAGGCCCUAUUUUGUGUAUCUGAAGCUGAAUGGACGAAGGCCUUAUUUUCUGAACUGUGGAUGUAGCAAGUGGUUUUGGAAGUGAGAAACGGAUUCUAUGAGAACUCAUGCUUCAACGUUGGAUUUUGCUUCUAUAUACCCUUCAUUAAUGAAAGUGCAUAAAAGAAAAAAAUGCAGUGACAUGGCGCAUGAUAAGUCCGUUUCGAGGGGACAUGGCACAUGAUCUGGAUUACUAUGCCACGAGGGAUACGAGCGUUGGAUGGCUUUGAACGGACGCUCUACCUCCUCAGCUUCUCUCUGCCCUCGGCACAUGAAACCUCUUCACCUCUUUGACCUCAACGCAGAUUAUUUGUGUCUUUCAAUAGAUUUUGCCUAUGGGGUGCACUACAUCGCCAGAGUAAUGACGUGCAUAUGAUUUCCUUGCAUUCACGGCCUCUCUCACAAACGAAGAAACGGGUUGAGAUGAUUCAGGCGGCGAUUGUGGUGGUUUGUUUUUGCUCGAUUUUGCAUAUGGCAUUGUCUAGAGGCAUUUGACGUGCUUCGGCCAGCAAGACCACCAGCUGCAGCGACUACAACUACAGGUUUUGGUGCAAUCGCCUUUUCCUUCCUUCAUCAAUCUCUGGUAGAAUCGGUUUACAAUACUUCCUCUCCCGUGCUUCUCCCGUUAGUCAUCGCCCAAUUUGCGCAUUCUAAGGCUGAGAUUAGCUAGGCAAGGUUGAUCAAAGAGGUGUGAAAAUUUCAUGCAGUAAGAGAGUGUGGACUUGAAGUGCAAGCUGUAGAGAUAUGGCUUUCAGGGUAGCCACACUAAGGAGCUGCUGGGACAACGGAAAAGACGUAAGACCCACAUCCGGCUUCCAUAACUUUGCUCAUGCCAUUGCACAACCAAUUCCAAUGGACAGCAUCAUCUUCGGCAAUCCAAUAACGCACAUAAAGGCCGAGUCUGAAAAUCAGGAAAGGAUUGAAGGGAACAUUGCUUACAGAUUCCAAGAUAUCACUUUCCUCAAUGGGUCUAUGGAACUAAUGGCCGUCCCUAAAAAGAAGCUUAAUCCUCUAACAACUUCCUUAAAGUACCAUUACAUAACCUUUUCAAAUUGCUAAAGCAGGUUACUUGUCACAAGAGUUACUCCGAAGCUAUGCCAAUGAAUCGCAGGUUCCUCGUCACAAGAGGGGGGAUACGAAAUGGACCAAAGGCAUUGAAAACUCAACCUCUGAUAAUCGGCUGCACGUAAGUACUUUCAAUAUCUCAUUGCACCCAAAAUUGAAUGCCCCCUGCCAUAAAAAAGAACGACAAUC